ACGCCAGGCGGUCGCCGAGAUGGAGGAUUUGCUGGACCUAGGCGAGGAGCGGCGCCGGGGCCCGGCCACCUCCGGGGCCAAGAUGGGUCGCCGAGCUCAACAGGAGUCAGCUCAAGCCGAGAACCACCUUAAUGGCAAGAAUUCUUCAACUCUGACUGGAGAGGCUCCCCCGCCCAAACCACCCCGCCGGCAAGGAGGCUGGGCAGACGACUGCAUGAAGGCGUCCAAGUCCGGAAGGAGGGCUUCUGAAGAAGUGGAAGAUCACCGCCUCAGACAGAAGAGCCUGGAUGGAUCAGAUGAUGGAGGAGAUAUUCUUGUUAUUCCGGAUCUGGAAGAGGUGCAGGAAGAAGACUUCGUUUUGCAGGUGGCAGCUCCCCCCAGCGUCCAGGUAAACCGGGUGAUGACCUACCGUGACCUGGACAAUGAUCUCAUGAAGUACGCAGCCUUCCAGACCCUGGAUGGAGAGAUCGACCUGAAGCUCCUCACCAAAGUCCUCGCGCCAGAGCAGGAAGUUCGGGAAGAUGACGUCAGCUGGGACUGGGACCAUCUGUACACUGAGGUGUCCUCAGAGCUCCUCACCGAGUGGGACCUGCUGCAGACAGAGAAGGAGGAACCUGUGGGACAGUCCGCACACACCUGAGCCUCGGGGGGACCGCAGAGCACCCUCCCCGUGCACCGUAACCUCUGCUUUGGACUUGGAAAACUGCAAUAAGCCUUAAAAAAAGCUUGCAAGCAGCUUAGAACUUUUAUAUGGAAAAUUUUAUAAUAAAAAUAUUUAUUUUCAGGA